AUGAGCACGGCAGCUAAUCGCACCUCUUUUGACCUCUGGUAUUUUGACGCCGUCUCCAAAACAACCAGCGCAGCUAUCAACAUCGUCUUCUACAACACGGGCGAUUUUCAUGCGAACCCGAACCCCCUGGCUGUCCAGGUAUACGGAACAUUCGACAAUGGUACUGAGUUCUCUGCCCAGGCUCUGGCAUCGGGUGGCGCAGUGAUCGAGAAUAACGCGCACGGUGUAUCUGGAGAUUGGAAGGGCACUGGAGCCAGCUUCCGUGGAUCGAAUCUCGACAAGCCGCAUGUCGAAUACGAGAUCAAAUUCGAUUCUCCGGAUAUUGGACUCAGUGGGACCUAUCGUCUGAACACCCUCCUUCUCCCUCAUCUCCACUGGGCCAAUGCAAUCCCCAAUGCCCAAGCGACCAUCAAUUUGAACAUGAAUGGAACCAUUUUUAACAUUACCGACGGCAUUGGAUAUCAUGACAAGAACUGGGGUGAUGCCUCAAUCAUCACCAGUCCCAAGUACUGGGACUGGGGUCACGCCCGCCUAGGACCGUACUCCAUCGUCCGGUACGACCUUCUUGACUACAACAAUACGGAGCAUGUAUAUGCUUAUGCCUCGAAGGAUGGCCGAGUGUUUCAGACAAGCUGUGCCCGUGACGCGGUCCAAGUUCGUCAAUGGGGGACCAAUGUCACGUAUCCGCCUACGUUCGGGAUCUCAAAGGCAGAUGGCCUGGUCGCUCGCUUUGAUCUUGGGAAUGGGCAGACUCUCGUUGCGAACGUGACCAAGGAGCAGAUUGUUCAUGACGAAAUUGUUCAUGAAAUUGUUGGGGUCUGUGACUGGUGGGAUUGA